GCCCUUUUUGCGUUCCAUAGUAAUGAUUGUUACUUUUUAUAAACAUCGGUUCUCGUCUAAACAUGUCUGGUGUUUUAUUUGAAGAUAUUUUUGACGUGAAGGAUAUUGAUCCUGAUGGUGUUAAAUUUGACAGAGUUUCGCGUUUGUUUUGUGAGAGUGAAAGCUUCAAGAUGGACCUCAUUCUUGACGUGAACACGCAGCUGUAUCCAGUCGAGUUUGGAGAUAAAUUCCGAUUGGUUUUAGCGACCACUUUGAGAGAAGAUGGAUAUCCUGAUGACGGCGAGUAUGCGCCGAUUGACGACGGUACUCCAACGAGGGCAGAGAGUUUUGAAUAUGUAAUGUAUGGGAAGGUGUACAGAAUUGAAGGGGACGAGAACAUAACUGAUGCUGCCACCAAAUUAUCAGCGUACAUUUCUUAUGGCGGUCUGUUGAUGCGAUUACAAGGUGACGCAAACAACUUGCAUGGAGUUGAACAGGACAUGCAUGUCUACCUUUUGAUGAAAAAACUUGCUUUUUGAUUGUUAUUAUUUUUUUCAUUUUAAUUAUUCUCAUUACACUUAUUGUUAUUAUUGUUAUUAAUAUGUAUUUUGUAUAUUUCAAGCCCAGGGAAAUAUAAUUAUAAACUCUUGCAUUGAAUAUAGUCACGACAUAACUGUUGAUCAAUUAUUAAUAAUAAAUUAUCAUUUUGUGGCUAUUUUCAUUACAGUAUUAUAAUUUUGUAUAUAUUAAAUGUCCAGGACAAUAUACAAUUAAUGACGAUUAAUGUAGUUAUUCUGUACUGUAUUUUUUGCAUUUACAAUACACUGGGCAUAUCAAGAUCAAAUAUUAAUAAUGGUAAUAAUAAUAAUAAUGAUGAUAAUACAAAUGAUACAGUAGUAUGAAUUUGGGCAGUGUAAGUAUUAUUUAAGAACAAAAUUCUGGGAAGGGUGUAUGUUUAAAAUGUAAAUUUGUAACUAGUAUUCUGGCAUUAAAAAGAUUCAUGUGGAAAAUAAAGAAAUACAGUAUUUGGUGCAUGAUAAAAGUUUUCAAUAAAUCUUAAUUUUAUGUAUUUCACAUACUACAUUAUUUAAAUUAUGUUUUGAACUCUUGUGAAAUGCUACCCCAAUGGCUAACAAAUUAAUUAUCUUCCUCUACAGCAUCCCCAAUAAUAGAGGGAAUAUUGGUUUUAGUCUAUGGUAAGUCCUUUUAAGGGGGUGGGGAUAUUAAAGGACACCCCCAUUGUCCUGUUCUGCACAUUAUGUUCUGUUUUGUACAUUACAAUAAUUAAACAAAAAAAACUGAUUUGACAUGUAUUUAAGCAAACAUGUUUAAAUUUUUACUGAAUAAAAAGUGACCAACAAAAUGAAAAA